AUGCCAACCCCAGAGUCCGAGUCGUUCAAAGCCGCCAAACCCACCGUUCCUCCCACCUUCGAUGGCGUAGACUACGACGACAACAAGGCGCUCAAGGCCGCACAAGAUUCAAUAAUCAGGGAGCAAUGGGUGCAAAGCAUGAUGGCGCGGUUGAUUCGGGAGGAAAUGGGCAAGUGCUACUACCGAGAGGGUGUGAACCAUUUGGAGAAGUGCGGACACUUGAGGGAACGGUAUUUGAAGCAACUGAAGCACUCCAAGGUCAAGGGAUAUCUGUUUGAGCAGCAAAAUUAUAUCCCGAAGGAGUAG